CUUGUAGACAGGGCUGAGAAAAUGUUUAUCGAGAUUUUGAAUCAUAAGCGAUGUUUCGCCACCUUCGUCACCCUGGACUGCUCACUGCUGGCAUUAGUUGUGGCACUAAUCUAUAGGCAAUUCCAUCAUGGAAUGCUACACACCGCAUUAUACGCACUUGUAGUGACGCUAAUGCUAGGAAUACUACUACGCAAGUUCAACCAAAAGAAAUACCAAAGAAUGAAAAGACUGAGAAUGCAACAACUCACCAAACAUGAUGUGGAAAGUGCAAUAUACAAAAAUAACAGCAUUGUGCCAUACCUAAACACUUUAAUGCUACCACUGUUCCUAGCUGCAGUUAUACCAAGAAAGGGCUCCGUAAUACCAGAAGUGCUGCUCUUCGGAUCGUUGCUGUGCUGCCUACUGGAUAUAUUCAUGUUCGAUACCGUAGCUAUACUGUUCGCCGCAGUGCUCUCCUUCUUCUUAUCGGACUACCUAUUUGAAUACGUACUGGGCAGGAGAAUCAUAUUCCUAACAAUCAUACAAGCACUGGUCCACGAGUACCUGCGUGAUGACCUGACGAAGUCACUGGAUAUCGCAGACUCCGUUGUAAUCGCCCAGUUGGUGACUAUAGGACUACACCUAGCCGCCGGUGGAUACGUGCGUAACUUCUCACCAAGUAUGAUGCCACUCGUGGAUUUCUGCGUAUACCUGGGAUACCUCUUAAUGAUACUAUUGGCUGUAGUAGUAACAGAAGGCAUCUCAAAUUCAUUCCCAAGGUCAUGUAUCAAAAGAAAAAUGUCAAUAACAACAAGAAUAAUGGUACUGAUACCAUGUAUAUACAGCUUCGUGUCCUGGGGAACAAAUGAAAAGGGAUACAAAAUGGGACUCGUGCCGUUCAAAUACCUAAUCAGGCAAUUCACUAGUAAAAAUGCCGCAAUCACACUGGGUAUAUGGACUGCUAAUACACUGCUAUGCGUAGCGAUAGUAUAUGGCAAAGCGCAAACGCUAAACGGCAACGCCCACAAGCACAACAACCAAAAGUCAACAAUGGUCAUCAUCAUGAGGAAGAUGUUCCACAUGCUGCUAAUGAUCAAUGCAGCAGUGGCUAUAUACACUCGCCAGCAACUGCUACUGGCAAUCACACUAUACAUACUGUUCGUAGCAAUGAUGGUAGUUGAACUCGUCAGAUUCCACGGAUAUAUGCCAACUAAAAUGCAAAAGGGAUUAACGCAAAUAUACAAUACAUUCGGAGAAAAUAAUACCGUACGUAAUAUGGUACUACCACACGCAUGGCUCAUACUAGCCGCUGGAGUACCGCUGUGGAUGGAAAUCUUACAAAAACGCAGCUUGAAGUUCAUAGAAGCAUUCCUGGGAUUGGCAGUAGUAACACUGGCAGACACAGCAGCAGCACUCGCAGGUAACAAAGCAAACAAGAUGAAAUGCAAUCAAAAGUCAAUUCGAGGAAGCUUCGCAUUCUUUGUUACCACCCUGCUAGCGCUGGGCGCAAGCAUGUACGCAAAAUACGGAAAUAAACUCAAAUGUGCGCACGCAGCUGCCGCGGCAGCAGUGGCAAUGGCAACGACCAUAGUCGAAGCAGGAUGCCCCGGAAUAGAUAAUUUCAACGUAGCCAUGAUGGCAUCCGCUCUAUACGCUAAUAUAGACAAAAUACUAUAAAUUUUAAA